GUCAAUGACAGCGAGGCUUCGUCCUUGAGGGAAGGGCGGCUAGUUUGGUGUAUUAUCUCAUAGCUGUAGCAGACGCAUCUGAAAAACAGUACAGUUUAUCGUCUAUUGCACUGCUGGGCAUUCAACCGACACAGCUGACAUGGCUGCAAAACCUCAGUCCGAUCAUGAUAAGCGAAAACAAAUUAGUAUUCGGGGUAUUGCGCCGGUGGAAAAUGUUGGAACCGUCAAGAAAAGUUUCAACCGGCACUUGCAUUACACUUUGGUGAAGGACCGAAAUGUUUCCACUCCGAGAGAUUAUUAUUUUGCCUUGGCACACACCGUAAGAGAUCACCUGGUUGGGAGAUGGAUUAGAACACAGCAAUAUUACUAUGAGAUCGACCCAAAGAGAGUGUAUUAUUUAUCACUGGAGUUUUAUAUGGGAAGAACAUUAUCUAAUACCAUGGUGAAUCUAGGUAUGCAGAGUGCUUGUGAUGAGGCUAUGUAUCAGCUUGGUCUUGAUAUUGAAGAACUUGAAGAAAUUGAACUGGAUGCAGGUCUUGGUAAUGGUGGUUUAGGACGUCUAGCAGCAUGUUUCCUUGAUUCCAUGGCAACAUUAGGUCUGGCUGCCUAUGGUUACGGUAUUAGGUAUGAUUAUGGUAUCUUCACCCAGAAACUAGAAAAUGGCUGGCAGCUUGAAGAACCCGAUGAUUGGUUGCGAUAUGGUAAUCCAUGGGAGAAAGCUCGACCUGAGUAUAUGUUACCUAUCAACUUUUUCGGACGAGUAGAACAUCACGAUGGUAGUGCUAAAUGGGUUGAUACUCAGACUAUAUUUGCCAUGCCGUAUGAUAGUCCAGUACCAGGUUACGGUAAUAACACAGUUAAUACAUUACGACUCUGGUCAGCUAAAGCACCAAAUAACUUUGAUCUUAGAUUCUUCAACAAUGGUGAAUAUAUUCAGGCUGUUUGUGAUCGUAAUUUAGCUGAGAAUAUAUCCAGGGUUUUAUAUCCUAAUGAUAAUAUAUUCGAGGGUAAAGAAUUACGUUUGAAACAAGAAUAUUUCUUGGUAGCUGCUACACUUCAAGAUAUUAUCAGACGAUUUAAAUCUUCCAGAUUCGGAUGUCGGGAUUCUGUCAGAACAUCUUUUGAUACUUUUGCUGAUAAGGUUGCUAUCCAGUUAAAUGACACUCAUCCAUCAUUAGCUAUUCCAGAAUUAAUGAGAAUUCUUGUAGAUAUUGAAGGAAUUGACUGGGAGAAGGCGUGGACUAUAACGGUGGCAACAUGUGCUUAUACCAAUCAUACAGUAUUACCUGAAGCUUUAGAAAGAUGGCCGGUAUCUUUAUUACAGAGAGUUUUACCACGUCAUCUUGAUAUCAUGUACGAGAUUAAUCAACGAUUCAUGGAUCUUGUAAGAACGAAAUUUCCUGGUGAUAACGAUAGGUUGAGAAGAAUGUCAGUAGUUGAGGAGGAAGGAGAAAAAAGAAUUAACAUGGCGUUUUUAGCUAUAAUAGGAUCUCAUGCUAUUAAUGGUGUAGCUGCCAUACAUUCAGAAAUUAUCAAAACUCACACAUUCAAAGACUUCUAUGAAAUUUUCCCUGAACGUUUCCAGAAUAAAACUAAUGGUAUUACUCCACGUAGAUGGCUAUUGUUAUGUAAUCCUGGUCUAUCAGAUGUUAUUGCUGAGAAAAUAGGAGAAACCUGGGUAACACAACUAAGUGAACUUCGAAAACUAGAACCAUUUGCUGAUGAUGAAAAUUUACUUCGACAAAUCAUGAAAGUCAAACAGGAGAAUAAAAUGAAACUAGCAGCCCAUAUACAACAGAAGUAUAACGUAACUAUUAAUCCAGCUUCAAUGUUUGAUAUGCAAGUUAAACGUAUCCAUGAAUAUAAACGUCAAUUAAUGAAUUGUUUCCAUAUUAUUACACUCUAUAACAGAUUAAAGAAAGAUCCAGCCAUGAAAUUUGUACCUAGAACUAUCAUGAUUGGAGGCAAAGCUGCCCCUGGUUACUACAUGGCUAAACUGAUUAUAAAACUAAUCAACAACGUAGCUAACGUUAUAAACAACGAUCCUAUUAUUGGUGAUCGCCUUAAAGUUAUCUACUUAGAGAAUUACAGGGUUUCAUUGGCUGAGAAGAUUAUACCUGCUGCCGAUCUUAGUGAACAAAUUUCUAUGGCUGGAACGGAAGCUUCUGGUACUGGUAACAUGAAAUUUCAGUUGAAUGGAGCUUUGACUAUUGGUACAUUAGAUGGAGCUAAUGUUGAGAUGAGAGAAGAAAUGGGUGCUGAUAAUAUAUUUAUAUUUGGUAUGACCGUCGAGGAAGUAGAAGAAUUAGAUAAACGAGGUUAUGUACCACGUGUAUAUUAUGAGAAGAAUGCUGAAUUACGUCAAGUUAUGGAUCAAAUUAAUACAGGUUAUUUCUCACCUGAGAAUCCAGAUCUCUUUAAAGAUAUAUUUAAUAGUCUCAUGCAUACUGACAGAUUCCGAUUAUUGGCUGAUUUUGAAUCGUAUGUUGAAUGUCAAGAUAAAGUUAGUGAGCUAUUCAAGGAUCAGAUGGCAUGGGCUAAGAAAUGUUUAUAUAACAUCGCAGCAUCUGGUAAAUUCUCUAGUGAUCGUACUAUCGGAGAUUACGCCCGAGACAUCUGGGGUGUUGAACCGACAAAUAUUAAACUACCUGCUCCCCAUGAAAAAGCAGACCCCGAUACCAUUUAGAUCUUGUGAUAUUAGUCGAAAUUCUUUAGUUAUUUCAUAACUUUACACUACUGAGGGAUCUUUAUUCCUUCUUUUUAGAAAUAGGGAAAAAAAAAAAUCAAUGAAUUCUGAUUGUUAGCUUACAUAUUUUCUUAGAGCUUUUUUUUAGGUUUAAACGCCAUUAUUUCGGGAGAUAGAUUUUGUUAUAAGAAUCAAGUUUUUCUAAAUACUGACUAGAGGCCUACGCAGUAAUCAACUGAUUAAAGCCUCAUAGCAGUAUCAUUAAAUUAUAAUAGCCACCAACAUCCAGUGUUUGCAUGCAGCUCUAAUAUAUUAUACUCUAGCCAUUUUCAAACUUAUUGAACCGUAAUCUUACAAACCACCACUGUUCUGUAAAUAUCUUCAAGGAACUGGUCAGAUAUUCAAUAUUUACAUGUUCCUAGUGCUAUUACUAUAAUGAUAUACAUCAUAACAUUACUCAUUCACAAAAACAAUUAUAGGUUCACUGAUUCAAACAUUUUUUAAAAAUUGAAUGCUUUGUUAGAAAAAUUGGUUUUCAGUUUGCAAAUAAUUUUAUUUACCUCAUAUGAUUAAAGCGUUGUGCCGUGGAGCUAGUCUAAUCGUGUGGUUGUUUCCUUUUUGAUUCGUUCUAUCACAUCCAGUCAGAUAUUAUCUCCCAAACACUUCGGGGGUGGAACCAUUAAACUUUUGUUAAACUCAACUUUCAAGUUUUACACGUAUAUUUAUAAAAUGGUAUGAUAGACAAUUAAAAAUUCAUUCAGAACGCGAAUUGAUUUUGGCUUGUAAUUAAGAAACCCAAAACAAAAUAUUGACAAUCAAUAAUCUACUGAUUUGGAUUGAAAAGUUAGUACUGUCUACAGAAUUCCAGUUCAUCAUAUCUUUGGUUAUACGAAAUUGAACCAUUUUUAGAGAUUCAACUUUUACAAUAUUGUAGGAUAACAAACGACUCAAAAUCUCUGAAAUCCUGAUCAACAGUUUGAAAUUGAGUAUAAUAAUAAUAAAAAGCUUCAUGUCACCCCCAUCUGUGUUUUGUGGACUUGUUUUGUUCCAGACUUGAUCAUUGUUAGUGUAUAUCAUUCAUCAUAGAAGUUUAGAUAAAUUAACACAAAUUUUAUAGUCAGGUUCAAAAGCAAUCAUAAUAUUGGUGUGUAUUUAAGCUAACAUUUUGAAGAAUUAGUUCUCUGUUUGACUCGGGCAGAUGUGAAAUUAAUUCAACUAUUCAGUAUUAUUUUAUCAUUCUGUUGUAAAAUUUUCUACCCAAUUUUUUUAAUAGAAUGAAAUUAAAACGAAAUCCAGUGUAUGAUUGUUAGGGGUGGGGUGGGGGAGAG